UCAUUUUCUCACAUUCUCAUAACGUCCUAAACAGCGAAAAGUAGUAGGUCAAAAGAAAAGAACAUUUUUUUUCUUUUCUUUUUUAUUCCAAUUCAAUUUCGACCAUUUUAUUAAAUUUCCCUCACUUUUGCUUCUCCAUAAUUGUUCACAUUAAUGCAACACUUUCUUUUCGCAGCAAUUACAGUUUCGUUUUCUUCUCUCCAUCACAAUCAACCAUCUCUUCGCAUUAAUUGACGUUUAAAUGUUUUCUCUUCCAACCAAAUCAUCUUCAUCUUCACUUUUCUUCAUCUUCUGCUCUUCCUUUGAGUCUCUUUAAUUCAUUUCAAUUCAAUUCUAUUCUCCUGCUUUUCCGAGAACUGCAACAAGUGUCUCUCUCUCUCUCUCUUUCUCUCUCUCUCAAUUUAAUGUUGUGCCUUUUCCGCCAUUGUUGUUGUUGUUUCCAUCGUCCUCACAAUCCAAUUGAUCUUAAUACAAAUGAUCCAGUCAAAAGAAGCAUCUUCAUCCCAAGCAACUAAAGUACCAAUUGAUUUUGACGACGAACCUUCUGGGCCUUACAUCCCUAUAUCUGAAUGUUAUACUGGGAAACCAGUUUCUUUCAAAGGUUAUCCUAACAGUAACCAUCACCUUCCCCCUCCUCCUCUGCCAUCUUGUUCAUCUUCCAGUGUUCACCAUCCAAUUCAUCAGUCUCAUGGACUGGGGUACAAGCAACUGACCCCCAGCCCUGGGGUCCAUCAUAACCAUAACCUGAAUCACAAUCAUCAUCAGGUGACCAACUAUGAUGUUCCUCGUUCAAGUGUCUUCACCAAAGUAGCCCUGAUCAACUCUCCAUCCACUGGUCUCUCUCUCUCAUCGUCCCACACACUCAAUGCUCGUAAAAGCAAACCUCACAAUCUGACUGUUGGUCCAUUGAGUCAUACACUCAAUCGGCAUGAGCGUCUCUCCGAUUCCAACAAUUCAACUCUUUCCCUUCGUAGUCGAGUCAGUAAGCCCAAUGGUGAAUUUGGCCAUUCAAGCUACAGGAAUGAACCACCGCCAAGGCCACCCAAGCCUAAGAAGUUGAACAAUCGAAGCAAAUCCGAAAGUUGCUCUCCUGCUUAUGGAACAAACCAUUUUAAUAGCAACGAUCAUUUAUCACCUUCAACUCCAUUCAAUAGUCAUUUAGAUUCACCAUCGUCACCAUCAGGCCAAUUUAAUCCCACCAUUAAUUCAAGUUCAAACAACAACAUUAACAUCAACAUCAACAACAUUAUCAACAAUAACAAUCAACAUAAUAAUCAACAUAACAACAACAAUAACAACAACAUAGUAAACACCCCAACCUCUCAACCAUUAACUCUUGAUGAUGUUUAUGAUUUCCCAAAAUCAGAACCAGUAUUUAAUAGCAUGAGAACUGCAAUUCCCGCUCCUGGUAACCGAACUACCAAAGGGAACAGUCAUUCUUACACUAAUGCGCCUCCAGGUCAUUUAAGUAAACCUCCAGUUUUCACUUACGAUUACAAGGGAACUUUACCUGUUUAUCUAGACGAUAAUACGAUUGCUUUUGAUUUGGAUAAUUGUGAUCGAUCUCCAUCUACACCAAACUCUGCAUUUGAUUCGCUUUCUUCAAGCGGCUCUCUGUCCAAAAGUCUCACACCUCCGGCAGUUAAUCGAGAUUUAAAGCCAAAACGACGAGACUCUGAUUCUGAUACAAAUGUUUCUCCGACAAGUCCAACAUUUACUCUCGCACCUCCACCAGCUCACUCGAAAUCUUAUAUUAAACCAACAAGACACUUGGCUGAUGGGCCACCUCGAGUUCCUUCAAGAGGAAGACAAUUUCAACAUCAUGUUACUCGAGAUGAAUCAAAUUCAGAUGAAGAUAUAAUCAGUCACUCUUCCAUUUUCCAUAAACGAAAUUCAUCUUUAGACGAUCAGUCUCGUCGCGCUUAUACUAUUCCUAGAAAAUCACCAAUCGACUCUCCAAAUGUAACUUACCUGGAUCUUGAUCUAAUGGGAAACAGUAAAGGCAAAGAUUCACCUCGUUCACGUUCAUCUAAUUCAUCUGAUCCAUUCAAGUCAUCGUUGAAUCAUUCAAAGGAUCUCAUUGGAACAUCCAGUUUAAGUGGUUCUCAGUCAACAGUAUAUAAAAGUAUCGAUUUUGUUGCAACUGAUGCUUUCCGUCAACUUAGAAUAAGUUCACAACGAUUAGUGGAGAGAGAUUGAGUUUGCUAGUGUUAAACAAAAGUUAUCAAAUUUUAAUUAUCCAUGUUAAAGACUUUUAUUAUUUCAACUCUAAACUGUAUCAAAUCUUCAUCAUCAUCCUCUUAACACGUCCAAAUUUCUAUCCUGACUAUUGUGCAUUUCAUGGUGCAAAAUGAUUCGAUUCAUCCUCUUAUUUUAUCUUCAUCUUGGCUCAAAUACACAACAAUCAGAGAGAGAGAGAGAAAUUCAAAGAUAAUAUCAAAUUUUACAUGUUAUCUUCUUUCGCCAAUCAAUAUCAAUUUACUAUUACAAUUGAUGUUAAUCUCUUAAUUUUUCGUAAGUUUAAUCUUAUUGAACUAAGUUGAUUUGGAAGAUAUUGGUUAAUCAUAUCAUUCUAAAUGAAGGGUGAGAAUUGAACAUCAAUGGAAGAUUAUAAACAGACUGGAUUACUCUGGGAAAUGUCAAUCGAUCACAAAGUCAACAUGAAAACUUAAUUUCUCUCUGUGAUUGUGCAUCCAAUUCAUCAAAUCAACUUGUGAUUAAUAUGCACUCUCAUCUUUACUUGAAAUGUGACUAAUGCAACUCUCAAGAGUCUCCAUUGUCACCAUCAUCAUCAUCAUCAUCAUCCUUGUGAAAGUAAUAACUACAAACACUAAAUGAAAUUGAAUAUCCAUUUCUAGAGUCGAUGCCAAUACCAGAAAUUGAUGAUUAUUUUGCUAAACAUCUGAAUUCUGAACGAGCAAGAAAAGGUUCAAGUGCCUUAAUCAAAUUCUGUCAUUGACUCAAACACCCAAAGCAAAAAACUUUGAAGCAACGAAAAGCCAAUGACUUAAAAGCUUAGCUAUUUCAUUUUCUUCCAAUCUUGAUAUUCAUCUGUUUCAUUUUGAUUAUCAUUCUAAUUGCAAAUGAAAAUUGCAAUCACCAGCGGAACUCUGAUACUCUGAUCCAAUUUCCUGUUCGCACAAAAUUAACCUUUUAUACCUGAAUUAUGAUUGUUUACAAUAAUAUCCUCUCUCUUUCUUUCUCUCUCUCUAUCUCUCUGAUUCGAGCCCCUGUUAAAACAAUCAUUAACUUGUAUGAAUCUUUAAAAAAAGCAAACGAUAAAUUACCAAAAAGUGUCAUACAAAAGUCCAAUCACCCAAACCUGCGAUAAAUCAAUCAAAUUGAUACACAACAACAACAACAACAUUUACCGUCCCAGAUAAUUUGACAAUGAUGACAAUAAAUGUCUCAUUUCUUAAGCCAAUAAAGUACAUGAACUUUUUA